UCUUCAUUCAAUGUUAGCCGGUGGGCUAGCGAGCUAGCGCCGUACUGUUUGGCUUGUGUAUCUGCUGUGCUUAUUUGGAUUCUGGGCUGGGUUUACUAACGUUACGCGUACAAUUUAAACCGUUUUUAUCUUCUUUUUGUUAGUUCAUAACGCGUUUUACCGCACUGAAUUCAUGUAGCUCGUUUUGUUUAUGUGUGUUUUUUUGUAGAUACUGGGAUAUUGAGUGCAAGACUGUGUAUAAUUGUUUGCCGAACAAAGGAGCAAGCCUAGAUAAAUGGCUAACAUUAGCAGCUGAUUUUUUAUUUUUUUUUUAAAUGUCUAGAAAUGCUGCGAAUAAGUCUAUAAUCGAGUUUAUAAUUGAUCUUCUCGACGUGUACUUUAGGAAUAAAACUCUCCAGCUGCAGAAGAUCAAAUCCAGGCUGAAGAGCGAGUUCGAAGCCCUUGAAGCCGAAGAGAAACAUCUGAGAGAAUACAAGCAGGAGAUGGACCUGCUCCUCCAGGAGAAGAUGGCCCAUGUCGAGGAACUGCGCCUGAUCCAUGCUGAUAUCAAUGUGAUGGAAAGCACCAUCAAGCAGUCAGAAAACGAUCUGAACAAACUUCUGGAGACCACACGACGGCUGCACGACGAAUACAAGCCCCUGAAGGAGCACGUUGAUGCUCUGAGGAUGACUCUUGGCCUGAACCGGCUGCCCAACCUUAACGAGGAAGAGGAGAGGCUUUCGCUGGACUACUUUGAGAAACAGAAGGCCGAAUGGCAGAAAGAGCCACACGAGCCCAUCAUUCCCGAAUCCCUAGCAGCAGCAGCUGCUGCUGCUCAACAGCUUCAGGUCUCCAGAAAACAAGACCCGCGGCAGCCAGCCACUUUCAGACAGCAGCCUCCACCCAUGAAGGCAUGCCUAUCUUGUCAUCAGCAAAUUCACCGCAACGCACCCAUCUGUCCACUGUGUAAAGCAAAGAGUCGUUCCAGGAACCCCAAGAAACCCAAGAGGAAGCCUGAUGAGUAAAUAAAACGGGAACUUAUUUUUCCACGUCCCCCUUUAGAGCUUUGUUUAACGUAAAGCGUGUCAUAGUCCCUUCUGUGUCGUGUACUCGAUCGGAACAUACGAAACUUUAUACGAUCGUAUUGGAAUCAUCCAUGCAAUAAUGAAUAUCGUCAGCAUUACUUUAACACCCAUGCGUAAACAGUUUCUACUGACAUCCAUUUACACAUUUUGACAUUUUUGUGUAUUACCAAGUAAUAGGUGUGUAGUUUGUUAUUAAACACAGAUGGUAUUUGUCUUUUUAUGGUAGCAGAAACUGCAAAUUAUGAUAAAGCAGUGUUUGUAUUAGACAUUAAUAAUGCUGAAAUUGUAGCCUUGCAUGUUCGGUGUCUUUAAAAAUUGUAAUAAUUUAAAAAAAAAAAAAAGGAAAAAAAAAAUCGCGACUAGUUUGUUCAUUUGAUGAACCAAACCUGAUGAAAACAUCCCGUAACCGUUAAUGAAAAGUGUUAAAUGUUGAAUGUUUUUAUAUUUCCGUUUUUAAAAAAAAUAAAAAAAAUAUUUGUCAGAUGGUGUACAGUGCAUUUUAAAUGAUAAACUAUGUUGUUCAAUAAAACACAAGUCAUGCAAUGAUUUAAA